AUGACUACGCUCGAGGGAAUUAACUCAGUUGACUAUGAUCCACUGAAGGAUCUCCAGGAAUUGCUUCCAGAUCCUUCCACUUUGGAGAAUUUAAAAGGUUUCAUGAAUUACACCAAUUCUUAUAAAUUACAAGUGGAUGCUGAUAUACAGAGACAUCAUGAUGAAUUUGAAGAGUAUUUGGAAAGUGAUGAUCGUUUUGAUGCUACAGAAGCCCAUGGUGAAUUGGAUAAGAUCAUUGAUGAAAUUAAUGAGAAUAAGAAAUUAGGUGUCAAUACUCAAAAUGUUAUAACGGACAUGACUUCUGGUAUUAAGAAAUUAGAUGAUGCUAAAAAGAAUUUGGUGCUGAGUAUGACUGUACUUAAGAGAUUACAAAUGUUAUUAACUGCAUAUGAACAAUUGGAGGAAUUUGCAACAAGGAAAAGAUAUACUGAAUCUGUACAAUUAUUAAGUGCAGUGGGGGAAUUGGUUGAUCAUUUCAAAUCUUACAAAAGUAUAGAUAGUAUAGCUGAUUUAACGAGGAAAGUUUCUAAAUUGAAAAUUCAAAUAACUGAUCAAAUUUUCCAAGAUUUUGAAAAUACUUUAAAUGAAAAAGAUAAUAGUAUCAAAACAUCAGAAUUGAAAAGUUCAUGUGAAAUGCUUGAUUUAAUUGGUAAUGAUCAUCAUAAUAGAUUAAUUAAUUGGUUUUGUAAUCAACAAUUGAAAGAAAUUAAAUCAAUCUUUAUAAGUUCAGAUGAGGCAGGCUCCUUAGAAAAUAUAUCAAGAAGGUUUUUAUUUUUUAAAAAGUUAUUAAAAAUUUAUGAACAAAAUUAUCAAUUAUUCUUCCCUGAUUCUUGGAAAGUUGAAGAACAAUUAACUUUAAGAUUUUGUGAACAUACCAAAGAUAGUAUUAAACAAGUUUUAGCCACAUCGGGGAAAGACACAAAUGUCGAUUUAAUGUUAAGCUCUUUACAAGAAACUUUAGAAUUUGAAAAAUUCUUGAAUGCUAAAUUCAAAUAUAGAGAUACUGAGGAAAUAUUAGCAUCAUCAACUGAUAAUUUCAAUGACAAGGACGAUUCGCCAUUAAAGCCGAAAUUCAGUCAAUCAAUAUCAUCUGCAUUUGAACCAUUCUUGGGUAUUUGGGUUGAUCAUCAAAAUACAUUCUUAAAUAAUAAAUUUUUGGAAUUUUUAUCAUCACCAAAAUUACCACCAAAAGAUGACCAAGAUAAUAAUGAUCAUUCGGCAAAUGUUAUACCAUCAUCUGCUGAUUUAUUUAGAGCUUAUCGUCAUUUAUUAACUCAAUGUUCAACAUUAUCCACUGGGGCUCCAUUACGUGAUUUAUCAAAAUUAUUUUCAAAAUGGUCUUUAGAAUAUUCAAACAAAAUUAUGAAACCUGUGUUACCUAAUGUUGCUACUAAUGAUGAAUCAAUUCAAUAUAUCACAUUAGUGUUAAACACUGCAGAUUAUUGUUCUACUACAAUAAGUCAAUUAGAAGAACGUUUAAUUUUAAUAAUUGAUGAACCUUUUAAAUCAAGUAUAAAUUUUGAUCAAGUUAAAGAUUCAUUUAUAAAAUUAAUUAAUAGUUCAAUUAAUUUACUACUGAACAAAAUUGAAAUAGAAUCUGAAUUUUCUUGGAGAGAAAUGGCAAAUACAAAUUGGUCUCAUAUGGAAGAUGUUGGUGAUCAAAGUCGUUAUAUCACAAGUUUAAAAGAUGUUUUAGUUUCAAAUGGGAAAUUAAUCUUACCUGCUAUGGUUAGAGAUAUUUAUGUUCGGAACUUGUGUGAUAAGAUUGUGGAAUUAACAAUAAAUCAAUUUUUAACAAGUAUAAUUAAAACUAAACCAAUUCCAGUUAUUGCAGCUGAACAAAUGCUUUUAGAUCUUUCUGUAUUGAAAGAAACGUUCUUGAAAUUACCAAAAUUAUCAAAUGAUUCACCUGAUUAUAAAAUCCCUGUGCAAUAUCAAAAACAUGUUGACAAGAUGGUUAAUAGAUUAGAAAUUAUAUUAAAAGUCUUGUUAACUCAAGAAGCACCACAAGAAGGUUUAGUUUCAAAUUAUUUUUUCUUAAUUGGUGAUAAAUCCAUAACAAAUUUUAUCAAAAUAUUACAAUUAAAAGGUAUCAAUGAUAAAAAUCGUCAAUUAAAAUUUAUUGAUUUAUUCAAGAUACAUAUAAAAGCACAUGAUAAUUUAAUUGAAAAUUCACCAAUAUUAUCUAAAAUCUUGAUAAAUGAAUCAGAUCAUUCCAAUGGUCAAACAAUUCCAUCUUCGUCGGGUAUUUUAUCAUCUUAUAGUCAAAAAAUAACAUCCCCUGAUAUUCCAUCAACACCAAAAUUUGAUAAUUUAUUUGGUAAAAGACCUGAUAUAAAUUUAGAAAAGGGUUUAAAAGAAUUAGCAUUAAAUGGUGAAGCUGGGGUUAGUAAAUUUAAUGAAAACUUUCAAAAAUUUGGUAGAUUUUUCAGAAAAGAUAAUAAUGGUAAUAAUGAAUAA